CACCCGUUGUGAGGAGGAAACGUGACAUUCCUUCGACACUCCAAUCACCUCGGGAUCUCUUUUUGAUUGGGGGAUGACAAAGGCUGCGAUCUGUGGACAUAUUGAGGUAGUGCUGGAGAGGAGGCGGAGUGAUAUCUCCUGCACACGACGCAUGUAAACAGAAUCCGCUCUCGGACCCGUAGCCACACUGUCAGAGCGCAGCUGGGGAGGAAGCAACGCGGCUGAGAAAGGCACGGAUUCCGCUCAUACACUCCGCGUCUCUUAAGGAUUUAACAUUGUUUCUUUAAACUUCUGGCAGAGGCUUUAACCGUCUGACGUUUUCAGUGCUGGCUUUAUUUACUCUACACAUGUAUUUCUCAGCCAUUUCCACGAGAAUUGGGUCAUGAUCACAUCGCCCACGGUCUCUGUCCUGAGAAAUAGCACCAAUCCAGCGUGGGAGAGCGGCUCCUCGGGGGAGAAGGGCGCAGUGAAGAUCAGCCAGCUAUCCGUCUACAGCUCAGUUUCUCCCGCAGACCCUUCUCGCCAAGCCAGUCGUCUUCCCAUAAAGAUUUUGAAAAUGCUCACGGCUCGGGCGGGACACAUUUUACACCCGGAAUACCUUCAGCCUUUACCGUCCACCCCUGUCAGUCCCAUCGAGCUGGAUGCCAAGAAAAGUCCACUGGCUCUUUUGGCUCAAACGUGCUCUCAGAUUGGCAAACCGGACCCGCCGUCCUCCUCCAAAUUGUCAUCUGUGACCUCAAAUGGAUCUAGUGACAAGGAGGCGAAAUCUGGUCCGCUGAAAAUGAGCGACAUCGGAGCCGACGACAAAUCAAGCUUCAAACCUUACUCCAAAUCAUCGGAGAAGAAGGACUCCAGCAGCAGCAUCAGUGGAGAUAAAACCAGUUUCCGGGUGCCUAGCGCCACCUGCCAGCCGUUUACCCCCAGGACAGGCAGCCCCAGCUCCUGCACCUCAGUUUCCCCACUCCCGUCUGAAGGCAAAGCGGGAGACAAGGAGGAAAAGAAGGAGUCUGAUAGCAAUAAAAAUAGCACGACUGAGAGCAAUGGCAGCCAUCGGAUAAGUGGAAUUACCUCUGAUGGCAGCCAGCAUCAGGAGAGCACAUCUGGAUCCAAGACUGUUACAUCAGACUCAGCGUCUGUAACGUCCUCAUCCUCCUCCAUCCUCGGCUCGGGACUGGUGGCCCCCGUUUCCCCGUAUAAGCCCGGCCAUACAGUUUUCCCCUUACCACCUGCUGGUAUUUCCUAUCCUGGAAGUUUAGCAGGUGCCUAUGCAGGUUACCCCCAGCCGUUCCUCCCUCCUGGAAUGACCCUUGACCCCACAAAAUCCAGCAGCCAGCUUUUAAGCGCACAGUUCGCUGCUGCCAGCUCACUGGGAUGCAGUAAAGCGGGAACGAGUCCCAUAGCUGGAGCAUCCCCGCCUUCACUAAUGUCUGCUAGUCUGUGCCGAGACCCCUACUGCCUGAGCUAUCACUGCACAAGCCAUUUGUCUGGUGCAUCCAGCGCCAACUGCGCACAUGACUCUGCGGCUGCUGCUGCGGCCGCCACCGCGCUCAAAUCUGGAUAUCCGCUAAUGUACCCGACGCACCCGCUACACAGCGUGCACUCCUCGGCCCCGUCUUUCAGCGGACAUCCCUUAUAUCCUUAUGGGUUUGUGCUGCCCAAUGACCCUCUGCCGCACGCGUGUAACUGGGUGUCUGCUAACGGACCUUGCGACAAGCGCUUUUCCUCCUCCGAGGAGCUCCUCAGCCACUUGCGGACUCAUACGGCCUUUGCAGGUACGGAGAAGCUGUUAUCUGGGUACCCGGGGUCAUCUCUCGCUAACGCCGCUGCCGCUGCCGCUAUGGCUUGUCAUAUGCACAUGCCUCCUAGUGGCAGCCCAGGCAGCCCCAGUACGCUGGCUCUCAGGGGCCCCCAUCACCCCCUCGGACUAGGCAGCCGUUAUCACCCUUAUUCAAAGAGCCCCCUUCCCACUCCAGGGGCCCCUGUCCCGGUGCCCGCGGCCACCGGGCCAUAUUACUCCCCGUAUGCCUUGUAUGGACAAAGACUGACAACAGCCUCGGCCUUAGGAUAUCAGUAGAGACAAAGAAUUAUACGUUUAUAAAGGAGAUUUAGGCCCAGUGAAUUUUAUAUUGUACUUCAUGCAGGGACUGAAGCCAAGUGGGGAAAAGUGUAUUUAUUUGCGAUAGCUUCAA